ACUUCCAAAUUGUCGCGAGUGAGAGGAAACAAUAAUAAAUAAGAUGAUACAUACAGGUAGGCUCACCGGGAAAAUCCACUAAUGCAUACAAAACCCCUCAUCAUCCCGUCUUCACUUUCUCUCUCUAAAACUCACUGAAUCUGCUUCCAUUUUUAUUUUUUUUACCGAACUUCUGAUUCUCCAAUGGAGGUCGAGUCUCACAUCCUCUCCAAUUUCGAUCUCAAAAAUUCCCUCAGUGCUACCGCCUUUUCGUUUUCCGAAAUAUCCGGAUCUUCAGAGGAGGCUCCGCCGCUGCCGAAAGAGACUGAUCAAACGGCGCGUAAAUUGAACGACGCCGCUGCUCCUCCGGCGAGAUGCACGUCCACUGCGGCGAUGAAACUUCAGAAGGUUUAUCGGAGCUAUCGUACUCGGCGCAUGUUAGCCGACACCGCCGUGGUGGCUGAAGAACUCUGGUGGCAAGCGCUAGAUUUUGCUCGUCUAAAUCACAGUACAAUCUCGUUUUUCAACUACUCGAAGCCGGAAUCAGCUGCUUCGCGGUGGAACCGUGUCCGAUUGAAUGCUUCUAAGGUGGGCAAGGGCCUGUCUAAAGAUGCCAAGGCACAAAAGUUGGCUUUCCAACACUGGAUUGAAGCUAUCGACCCGAGGCACCGUUACGGGCACAGCUUACAUCUUUAUUACGAGGAGUGGUGUCAAGCCAGUUCCGGUCAACCCUUCUUCUACUGGCUGGAUCUUGGAGAUGGCAAAGAGGUUGAUCUCAAAGAGUGCCCGAGGGCAAAGCUUCGUAAACAAUGCAUCAAGUAUCUUGGACCAAAAGAGAGAGAACACUACGAAUUUGUGGUUGUUGGCGGCAAAAUUUUGCGUAAAUUAACCGGGGAACCUCUUGAUACAAACAAAGGAUCAGCUGGAUCGAAAUGGAUUUUUGUCAUGAGCACUUCUAACAGACUCUACAGUGGGGAGAAAAAGAAAGGAUUGUUCCAUCAUUCCAGCUUUCUUGCCGGAGGGGCUACUCUAGCUGCUGGAAGGCUCGUAGCAGAUGACGGAGUGCUUAAGUCUAUCUCUGCCUAUAGUGGACACUAUAAGCCAACUGAUGACAGUCUUGACACCUUCAAAUUAUUUCUACAAGAAAAUGGAGUCAACCUCGAUCAAGUUGAGAUACAAAAGGCGAAAGACGACUACGACAACAGCGAAAGCGGGAACUUGUCAGUAGAAGAGGCAAUCUCCGAAGUUUCCCCCCUACCAGAUUCGAUUCCAAAUGAAGAAGAAGCAGAUAGCCAUCUUCUAGAAGCUUCCAAACCCGCAACUAAAAUCGAGUACAGAAGAACUCUCUCCGGUGGUCUCCAAAGCCCUAAAUCAGACGUUCCGAAAACGUCCAUACUGCAAAGAAUCAACUCAAAGAAGGCCGCAAAAUCAUACCAAUUGGGCGAUCAACUUUCGUCUAAAUGGUCAACAGGUGCAGGCCCAAGAAUCGGUUGUAUAGCAGACUACCCACUGGAAUUGAGGUUUCAGGCACUGGAAUUUACUAAUCUCUCCCCACGAUCAUUUCUUCGUCCGCCAUUGUUUACUCCUAGGAAACUUGCUGCUCUUGUGUCGCCCUCUUCUCAUCCAUCAAAUGUGGGCAAUUAUGACGACACAGAAGCUCACGAUCUUUAAAAUAUGCGAUUUCUGCAGUUUAGUGAGAGGUAAUUAUUGGCUAGUGGUUGCUUUGGAUGAAUACAAAAAAAUUCAAACACCAUAUUGUUUAAAAAUUGCAUUGAAGUUUGUUAUGUUGAGCGUUGAAUUAUAUGAGACUUGAUUUUUUAGAAUUUAAUAAAAUCGAGGUUGUUUCUUGUUGAAUUGCUUUUCUAA